ACACUAAACCAGUGAUAAAUUUUGGUGAAUAUGAAGCAUUACUAAAAUCUUAUGAUAAGGAUUGCGAACAAGAAAUCAAACCGUUCUCGUCGAAUAAAUCAUCACCUUAUCAACCGAUACCAAAGCUUACAUCCUUCUUUAACCAAUGCUUGUACAAAUUGGAUAACUAUAGAAUUGAAGGCGAAAAUGAUGAAAGCAAUUGA